AGUUGCUAUCAUGGCAAGAACCAAGCAGACGGCCCGUAAGUCCACAGGUGGCAAAGCCCCGAGGAAGCAGCUGGCUACCAAGGCUGCUCGUAAGAGCGCUCCGGCUACCGGCGGUGUGAAGAAGCCUCACCGUUACAGGCCCGGCACCGUGGCCCUGCGGGAGAUCCGUCGCUACCAGAAGUCCACAGAGCUGUUGAUCCGCAAGCUGCCCUUCCAGCGCCUGGUGCGUGAGAUCGCUCAGGAUUUCAAGACCGAUCUUCGUUUCCAGAGCUCUGCCGUCAUGGCCCUGCAGGAGGCUAGCGAGGCGUACUUGGUGGGUCUGUUCGAGGACACGAAUCUGUGCGCCAUCCAUGCCAAGAGAGUCACCAUCAUGCCUAAGGACAUCCAGCUGGCUCGCCGUAUCCGCGGAGAGCGCGCUUAAAUGAACGGGAGCGCUCCUAGAUUUUCCCCAAAACACCCUAAAGGCUCUUUUAAGAGCCACCUAAUUAUUUCAACCCGAAAGAGCAUCCAGUAGUAACUCCAUGGAUCUUUUGUGUUCUGACUUAUUUUUAUGAGGAGAGAUUAGCUCUGUCUUUGAGUGGUGCUUGUGUAGUUUGUUAUAGUA